CAUAGUCCUUUGGUCCGUUCGAACCUGAAAGAUCGUCAGUACAGCAAGGAACUUCUUAGUGAUUGGACGUUUUCAAAAAUUCUUGUUAAGUGGUUUAUUUGAUAUUCAUGUUCAAGCUCAACUAAAAAAAAAAUUGCGCUAUAGUUUCCAAAAUGAUGCGAAUUUUCGCAUUGCUUAGUUGUCUGGCUAUGCCAGCUGUAGCAACCAAUCCACCCAAAUGGCCCAAUGUCUUUUCUGUCAGUGGCGUGCUGAACAUUCCGUAUGCCGAAAUCACCGAACCAUUCUUUGCCUGGUACGACAACCAGAACGGACGUUCGCGUAUCGACUACUACGGCGGCAUGGUUAAGACAUAUCAGUUGACCAAACAGGGCGAUUACGGGACCAGUCUGAAGGUCGCCCCGGUUAGCACCCGACAGGCGAUGAACAAAGAAACCUGCCUGCAGGUCAACGGCACUGCUGAUAUGGCUAUCACGGUGCAAAGUAUUCUGCCUGUAGCGAAGAGUUUUAAGCUGGCCGGGACUGAACCUAAAAACGGAUUCAAUUGCGAUUUGUUCACGUUGGUCGAAGAGAUUGGUCAAAAGCGGAAUGUCUACAACUUAUGGGUACGAUAUGUUAAGUCUCCGAAGUUUCCAUCUUCCCGGAUGCCCAUCCCUGUCCGCUAUGAGAUGAAAGGAUACAACACCUUGCUUGGUUCGCAUUAUGAUCAUUACUAUCUGGAUUAUGAUUCCUACGAUCAUCAAGAUAUUCCAUCAGAUGUAUUUGAUGUUCAAACUUCUGAACCAUGCGUAGGUUUUCCUGGACCAGGAAAUGGACACUAUGCUACAUUCAAUCCGAUGCAAGAAUUCAUUCAUCCUCGAUCCGAAGAACACUUGGAUAACGAAUUUAAACGAUUCAAGGGCAAACACAAUAAAGCCUAUCGCGGAGAAGAAGAACACGAUCGUCGUCGAGAUAUUUUCCGUCAAAACUUGCGCUUCAUCCACUCUCACAACCGUGCAAACAAAGGAUUCACCGUAGCCGUAAAUCACUUAGCUGACCGAACCGAAGAGGAACUGAAGGCUCUUCGUGGCUUUAAAUCAACUAACGGGUAUAAUGGUGGACAACCUUUUCCUUACAACACGGAAGACUACCUAGACGAUCUGCCCGAUAGUCUGGAUUGGCGAAUCUCUGGAGCCGUGACUCCAGUCAAAGAUCAAUCUGUGUGCGGUUCCUGUUGGUCUUUUGGUACUGCCGGUCACAUUGAAUCGGCUUAUUUCAUGAAAACGAAACGAUUGAUGCGAUUCUCACAACAGGCUUUAAUCGAUUGUUCUUGGGGUUAUGGUAACAAUGGUUGCGAUGGUGGCGAAGAUUUCCGUGCCUACCAGUGGAUGAUGGAAGUAGGAGGCAUACCUUCAGAAGAAGAGUACGGAGGGUAUUUGGGUCAAGACGGAUACUGUCACGUGGAAAACACAACAUUGUACGCUCCUAUUACCGGUUGGGUCAAUGUAACUUCCGGCGAUGCCGAUGCCAUGAGAGUGGCUCUGUUCAAGCACGGUCCGCUUUCAAUUGCCAUAGAUGCCGGCCACAAGACGUUCAGUUACUAUGCCAAUGGUGUGUACUACGAACCGGAGUGCAAGAAUAAACUAGAUCAGCUCGAUCAUGCCGUAUUGGCAGUAGGCUAUGGAAAACUAAACGGAGAGGAUUACUGGUUAAUCAAGAACUCCUGGUCGAAUUAUUGGGGAAACGAUGGAUAUGCUUUAAUGGCUGCUAAGGAUAACAACUGUGGAAUCACAACGGAUGCCACGUAUGUUCUCAUGUAAAAAUAGACUUUUUUAUUACAUUUUAGAAAAACAACUUAAACUUUAUUUUGGUUAGUCAUCUUUUAUAUGGCAAAUAAAACAAAAAUUUCAUAACAAUA